AUGUUCUGCGCGAUAUCUGGAGAGCCUCCCCAGACACCUGUCAUCUCCAAAACCUCUGGGCAUCUAUACGAGAAGCGCCUCAUCACAAAAUACAUCAACGAGAAUGGAACUGACCCAAUAACGGGGGAAAAGUUAGAGGAGGCAGACCUCAUUGAGGUUAAAGCUUCUCCCAACUCUGCAGCACCUCGUCCCCCAACACAUACAUCGAUCCCAGCCCUCCUUCAGCUACUUUCAAACGAAUGGGAUGCAGUGGCUUUGUCCAUGUAUAACCUGGAGCAGAAAUACAACGCAACUCGGCAGGAACUAAGUUACGCACUUUACUCACAGGAUGCCGCAAGCCGUGUGAUCGCACGUCUCAUUCGAGAGCGCGACGCAGCACGAGAGGCUCUUGCUAACGUCUCAGCUUCAAUGGGAAUUGCGCCUACGGCUUCGGCGCCUACUGAAGAUGUAGAAAUGGUUGAAGAUGCAGGUCUUCCUGCCAGUGUUGUUGCAAAAAUCGAUGAAGUACAUCAAAAGUUAAGUGCUUCGCGUAAGCAGCGAAAGAAUGCCCCCCCUCCAGGAUUUGCGGCUUCUGCAGACGUGAAAACCUAUGUUGCCACUCAUACUGUCCCUUCUCUCCAUUCGGCGUCUCCCGCUGGCAUCACCUCCUUGGCUAUUUCACAAACCAACCCCUCGCAAUUUUUGACUGGUGGUAACGACAAAAUUGUCCAACUGUACGAUCAAAACACCGAUAAAGUAUUGGCUUCCCUCAAAGGACACACAAAAAAGGUCAAUCAUGUUGCUUUCCGUGAACAGGAGGGCGAAAAUACGCUUUUACUUUCGGCUGGUGCAGAUAAAAUUGCCAAAGUUUGGGCCCACGAUACCAGCUCCGGCGAAUAUCUCCCUAAAUUGACGGUCCGUACUCACAAGGGCGAACUGACUGGCUUGGCUGUCCACCCAACUUCGACCUUGUUCGCUCUCUCUUCGACUGAUAAGACGUAUUCGCUUCACGAUUUAAACACUUUCACUCAAGUCUUCCGGUCUACUCCAUUCGAUGACCCAUUCACCUCUCUCGGUAUACAUCCGGAUGGAACUUUGAUUGCAUUGGGUACCCCUACGUCAACGAUUCAAAUUUAUGAUAUACGAAGUGGUUCCAUUGCUGCCGUUUUGACACCCACCGACUCUUCGCCGUUCACUGUACACACCCUUGCUUUCUCCCAAAAUGGCUAUCAUCUACUAGCCCCCGACUCUCUCUCCUCCGUUGCAGUUUGGGAUCUUCGUUACCAAACACUGGCCAAGAGCAUCCCUCUUGGUGACGACUGCAAAGUCAAUCAUGUCGCAUGCGAUCUCAGUGGACAAUUCCUUGGAGUUGCAACUAAUCAAGGUGCCAGAAUAUUUGCCCAUAAAACAUGGAACGAUCUCCUCACUCUUGAGGAAGGGGGAGAGAUUACAAACCUCGCCUUUGGGCCCUACAGUAAAGAAAUAUGGGGGGUGACAGGUAGAGAAGUGAGGACCUGGGGCUUGCCUGCCAGCUAA